AACCAUCGGUCCAUUACGAAGUUUCUUUAAAAGCCUAGGUAAAGAAACCCUAAGGCUUCUCCUUAGCCCUCUCUUCAGUUGCCGCUGCUUCUACUCGCUCCACAACCGGAGAUCCUUGAACCUAACGACCAUGGCCAAGCGAACAAAGAAGGCUGGUAUUGUUGGGAAGUAUGGCACCCGGUAUGGUGCUAGUCUGCGUAAGCAGAUUAAGAAGAUGGAGGUUAGUCAACACAGCAAAUUUUUCUGUGAAUUCUGUGGGAAGUAUGCUGUGAAGAGGAAGGCUGUUGGAAUUUGGGGCUGCAAGGACUGUGGUAAAGUUAAAGCUGGCGGUGCUUACACUUUGAACACUGCCAGUUCUGUGACGGUGAGGAGCACAAUUAGAAGGCUGAGGGAACAAACUGAGAGCUGAGCUGCUUUUGUCAAGGCCUACUUCUCUUUCUUUACGAUAUGUCUGCACUCGUCUUAGCUAUAGACUACUUGAAAAUGUUUUGAAAUUAAUUCUACGGUUUUGAUGAGUUGAUGUUCAUCUAUGUAGUGCACUCCAUGAUUUUGGGCAUUUAAAUCUUUUACGUCAAGACUUUUAACUCUCA